CGGCGGCGGGCGGAUAAUAAGCGAGUGGGUCCGGGGCGAUGCCAUUGCUCUGAGUCACGGCGGGUGCGCGGAGCUGCCGCUCGCCCUUUCAGCCCGGAGCUUUUGGGGUGUAAGGGCCGGUUGAGUCACCCCCGCGCCGGGGAAAAGAAGGGACGGCCGGUGGUGGUGGUGGGGAGGGAAGAGGAGGAGGCUGUGGGGGGGGCGGAGGAGAUCCGCUCCGCCUGCAGCCCCCGGGGCCGGGGCAGCUCCGCCGGCGGGGCGAGUCUCGCCUGGCAGUGUGGAGAGAGGACAUCGCUGCCUGCGCCUGCCUGCGCGCACGGCUCCGCUCUGCGCCCGCCGAGACCUCCCUGGGCGCUUUUCUGCCGCCCGAGUCUCUUUUAAAAAUUAUUUUAUUUUUCUUUUUUUAUUUCUCUCUUUUUUCUUUUUUUUUCUCUUCUCCCCCCUCCAAAGCCUUUUAGAUUUUUUUUUUUCUUUUUGGUCUUCCCGCGGCGAGCGUUGGGAGGCGAAAGGCAAGAGCCGAAGAGGUCGGGAGGGAGAAGGGGGCGGGGAGACGGCGAGGGGAGCGGCGGGUGUCGGUGCGGGAAGGCGGGGACGCGGCUCCCCGGCCCGACCUCGGACCAUGUACCAGGACUACCCCGGGAACUUCGACACCUCCUCCAGAGGCAGCAGCGGCUCCCCGGGACAUCCCGAGACCUACUCCAGCGGCGCAGCCCAGCAGAAAUUUCGAGUAGAUAUGCCAGGAUCAGGCAGUGCCUUUAUUCCUACAAUCAACGCCAUCACAACUAGCCAAGACCUGCAGUGGAUGGUCCAGCCCACUGUCAUCACCUCCAUGUCAAGCCCUUACUCCCGUUCGCAUCCCUACAGCCAUCCGCUGCCCCCGCUGUCUUCAGUGGCUGGACACACAGCCCUUCAGCGUCCUGGUGUCAUCAAAACCAUUGGGACCACAGUGGGACGGAGACGAAGAGACGAGCAGCUGUCACCAGAGGAAGAAGAGAAGCGAAGGAUCAGGAGAGAGAGGAACAAGCUGGCAGCUGCUAAGUGUCGUAACAGGCGUCGAGAGCUAACAGAGAAACUCCAGGCGGAAACUGAAGUGCUGGAGGAAGAAAAGUCAGUGCUGCAAAAGGAGAUUGCUGAGCUCCAGAAGGAGAAGGAGAAGUUGGAGUUUAUGCUGGUGGCUCACAGCCCUGUGUGCAAAAUCAGCCCUGAGGAACGUCGGAGCCCACCAUCCAGCAGCCUCCAGAGCGUUCGGACUGGAGCAAGCGGAGCAGUGGUGGUGAAGCAGGAGCCUGUGGAGGAAGAAAUCCCAUCUUCCUCUUUGGUCCUUGACAAAUCCCAGAGGUCUGUCAUUAAGCCCAUCAGCAUUGCUGGAGGUUUUUAUGGGGAGGAGACACUCAACACUCCCAUCGUGGUGACCUCAACACCAGCCAUCACUCCUGGCUCAUCCAACUUGGUGUUCACCUACCCCAACGUGUUGGAUCAGGAGUCUCCACUUUCCCCAUCUGAGUCCUGCUCCAAAGCUCACCGGAGGAGCAGCAGCAGUGGUGACCAGUCCUCAGAUUCCUUGAACUCUCCCACCUUGCUGGCAUUGUAAUCUCCCUGUGGCCCCCCAUUUUGCCAGUGUGUUACAUCCCCCCAGCACCAUGGGGGGAGCCCUCUCCAUGGGAUUAGAGACAGGCACAGGAUCGUUCAAGCACAAAGGCAGCAAGAACAAGGAUGGGGAAGUUCUGCAGCUUCAGGAAGGAGAAUGGGGACCAAUGCCAGCUCUUUGGAGGCAGGAAAUGGCAAGGGUGGGAUUGACAUGCCAGGACUGUUGGGAGAGGGUGAUGUCCCCUCUGUAGGGGCUGCUUAUGGAAACCUCUUCAUGGAUGCAGUGGACUUGGGGAGCACUCCUGGCCAGGACUGAAGGCGAGCUGUAGACUGUUGCUUGUUGUCCCUUUCCUUUGUGAAUUGAUCUGAUCAGUUGUGCUCUAUGCUUAGAUCAUUUUGGUUUGUUACAAACUUAACAACUUCUCUCUUUCUCUUUCUCUCUCUCUCUCUCUGUGCUUAUCAUUUCCAAUGUUGUCGAUCCCAUGACAUUUCAUCCAGUUGCUCUGAACUCUAAAGACUUGUUAGGAUCUUUCCUCUUGGGACAGGCUGCCAGAAGAACAUAGUGUUGCCCAGGCAGGAAAGGGGUGGCUGGCAGGUCCAGCAGAAGGGGGGACCAGGAGCAGCCCAAAGGCUCAGCAGCAAGGGCAGAGCUUGCAGAUCCUGCCCGAGGCACAGAGACAGUCAACAGAGACAGCAGGAGGCUCAUGUGGGAGCCUUUCUUUUUAAAAAUUUAUAUCUGUUUAUCCCCAUGGGUUCCUCAAAACACAAGUUAGCAUCUCAGGGCUGAAGUAGCACCGCAAAAGCUGCUGGGCUGACACUUAGCAAUGGCAGGGUUUUACCCCAGUAUAGUGGAUAUGAAAUCUGCUGCUUGUUGUUUACUUUUCUUGGGCUGCCUGCUGUCUAGGGAGUAUUGCAUCUUCCUUCCCAUCAGGGCUCCUGACUCAGCGGCUGAUCCCUUCCUGUUAGUAAAUCCUCCCCUUGGCCAUAUUUGCAGAACAUGUUACCAAAAAAGAGGUGGCACCAUGUGCCUAUAAAUCUAGGAUGGAGACUGGCAGCAGAUAAGAGAGUGAAAGUAGCUGUUUGUACCCUUGCUGACUUUAUCCCUGCUGAGAAACAAAGCAGUGUGCAUCCACCAGUGGGGGUUAGUGGGUAUUUGCCCAGAGAUUCCUAGUUUCCCAGGCUAGGGAGAAGGCAGUGGUCCAACUUCCAGCACAGCACAGGCCACAAGGCACUUCUGACCUGGCAGAAAUGGCAUGGUUGAAGUGAUGACCUGUUUGGACUAGAAUAGAGCUUCUCAUAAGCUCUGAUUAUGAACAACAAAUUGACAGCAGAGGAAAAUUGCUUACCAUUAUUUGCACCCUGGUCUUUGUCUCUUUUUUUUUUUUUUUUUUUUUUUUUUCCUGGUAAUUGAUCCAGUUUUGUUGGUGGGUUGAUUGGCCUGAAGACAAAAAAACGAAUCAGAGAGCUCCUCCCCUAGCCCUGGGUCCUUGUCUUCCUCAACCUGUGGGCUUGGCUACUACUACUAAGCACUCACAGAGGACACAAGUUCUCCAGCGCUGAUGUUUACUACUGAAAACCAUAAUGUGUGUGACCUGUUCCUGUUUAGAGCCAAGCUCAAUUCCUGUUAAUGUCAAGGCACUGACAAACCGUGACCAUGUGCACGCUAGGACUGCCCAGCUUGCCAGCUAAACCUCUUAGGAGGUAGCUUUUUGGUCCUGCCUGUUGAAGCUGAGGUGGCAGCUAUUUAUUUUGGUGUAAGAUUUUCUUGUCCUUUUAGAUAUAUAUUUUUUUUAAAUCAACUGAAACCAGGGUAUUUCUUGGUCAGGCUGGACCUGGAGAAAUGCAAUAUGCAAUUAUAGGGACAGUCCUGUGAGAUGCUAAACUGCUGCAGCCCCCAUCAACUCAACUGGGAAUUAAUAGGGCUCAGUCUUGUGGAACUGGACCUUUAUUCAGCAGGACUGACUUCCCUCAAACCCUGGCCACUGCCCACUCCUUGAAUCAUUUCAAAGGGACACUACUUUUGUUCUAAAGGUAGGCUUUGCUUUUUUGUUACUACUAUUAUUUUUAAACCCAGGUAUUUAUCAAACCUGCCAGAAACAGAAAGAUAUGAGUGAUCUUUUUGCUUCAUAAAGCUGAUUGUGAUUCAGGUUUUUUCUUUAUUACUUAAACACUUCCAUCAUUAUACUGGUGCUAGAGGUUUCAAAGUGAGCUUACACAAUAAGUAAAAUUGAUAAAGGAGUUCUCUUGUCUUAACAUGAAACAUCAAAACUUGCUUUUUAUAAUGAAGUAGACCUUAAACUUCUUGUAGUUAGUGCAGAGGAUCCUGUUUUUAUAGUUGGAACCACUUCAGGUGAAACUGCUUCUUCACUAAUGGUCUCCAAUUUGCCAGGUGCUUGUUUGGGCCCCUCUGGAUUGAGAAUCUGAAACUGCUCAAUAAAAUGUCUCUGAUUGUCAUUUCCACCCAUUUUUGAACAGAACUGAUGAAUCCUAAAGUGGUGCAGCUACUUUUGAGGCCAGCUGACCAGGACUGUUGUGUCCCAGAAGCUCAGAAACAUUCCUACUUUGGGAAACUGUCUUUGGGAAGUCAGGUGCCUCCUUAAACCUGAGUCAGCCUAACUCCAGUGGAACACCUAAAGUUUCCCUUUGCUUUUUGUCAUGGAAUCAAUGCCCAAAGGAGCUGCAGCUGGCCCUUGCCCACUGCCUGCUGCCCCUUAUUGACCUUCUCAGAGACAGGACAGGACAGCCCCUUUCAUGUCCUUCAGUACUGACAGGAACUAUGUAAAACUGCCCAGAAAAGAGAAUUAUUUUCUAGUAUUUGGAAAAGAAACUGAAUGCCUUGUGCCUGCCUGUUUUGUCAGAUCUUUCAGAGGAUGUCUGUUGGGGUUGCUGGUCUCCUGCCUUCUGUAUUUUGUGGAUCAGCCUUACUUUUGUUCAGUUUCUGGCAAACAGGUACAACUUGAGCUCUGCUGCUGUUUUGGUCUGGCCCUACAUUCUUCUUUUCAGGUUUAUUGGUGUGCUUUUUGGGAACGGACUGUCUUCCCCGUCCCCAAAAUAGUGUUUUCCAUGAGUACCUUCUCUGCCAAUUCCUAAAUGUACAGUGUCUCCAUGUUCUGCAUGUAAUGGAGAUGUGGGAGCUGUUCUAGCUAGUGUCUGACCAAGAGUUUUUGAAGUCAAUAGAAAAAGGCCCAGGGAGUUUCAGCUGGUAUUGGGUCAACUCUCUAGUGAGGGACCCAAGGAAGCCUCUUAUAACAUCUUGAAUUAAUCAGUGCCAUACUGGGAGGAAUAGUAGCAGCUGCAUUGAAGGAAACAGUCAGCUCCCAGGUGCUGUUUGCUGUCCCAGUUUUUUUCUUGUUCCUCCUUCCCCCUUCCAAGUUGUGGCAUUGCCUUCAUCCAUUCCUUUCUCGUGGGUGUGGAGACUGGGUAAGUCUCAAAGUGCUUGUGGUGUGAUGGGAUUUGGGACCAACAUGCUGGGGACAGUAGCUCUGUUGUGUUUUUAUGAUUAUUAUUUAAAUGAUCUAUUUAGUUCAUCUGAACCUUUAAUUUUGCUGCUUACUGUAUGUAGGAUCCACCUGGCCUUCAUCCUAAAUGAAAAGAAAAAAUUAAAAGAAAACAAACCUAAGACAACCCCUCCUCCCUGGUAUCUUAUUAUUUAUUGGCAGGCAGCCGUAUUGUGCCUGCUUCAGCAGAUCUGCCUACCAUUAAUUUAACAUCCUCCCAAAUCACAUUCCUGGUGUUUGGUUGUUGCUUCUUUUUUGUUUGUUGGUUGUUUUUUUUUUUUCCAUUCUAAACCAGACUUAUGAAAUAUAAGAAAUCUUAUUAUUAUGACACUUACAAGUUCAUUUUCAUUAGGAAGGCCAAGUCAAAUAUUUUAAGAGGUGGGGGGAACAAUCUACAUUUUAUUAUUUAUUUAUCAUGUUUACAUCUUUUUUUCUGUUCAAGACUUGGGUAUAAUAAAGAAAGCAUUAAAGAUACUCCAAUCUUCUUUUUUUUAGGCUAAUAUAUAUUUUUUUUUAAUUCUUUAAAUAAAAGAUUCUGGGUUUUGUUGUUGUCUGUAUAAAAUGUAAAAAGAAAUGUGUUUCUAAAGAUGCAUUAUCAUUCCUCUGUGAACAGUAGGUGGAGUUAAGGACAAAUCUCAGAAUACAAGAUAAUAAUAAAAUCCCAUCCUGUUUUACUUAAUUGUUCCCCUCCUAUCCUGUAUGAUUAAAGGGUUAUUCCACUUUCUUGUUUGUGGUUACUUGAUAUUAAAACCAUAUUAAAAUGUGUAGAAAAUAGGUAUCCAAUUGUUUUUGCUCAGUGAAAGGAUGAAGUGUUGUAUAUAUCUUGAUAUACUGUGUAGUUCAAAGUAACAUCAAUAAGGGAUAGUGCAUCUUUAUUUAGAGCGAUAAGUUACUAGUGUCACUUAAGUCUACUUUAAGAUCCUCAGAUAUAGAAAGGGCCUGGUUCUGAUUCCUCUCUGCUGAAGGCUAAUUGAGAGAUUCAGUAGCAUUUCAGCAUUUUGCUGCUGCAAAGUAGGUGUCAGAGGUGGAAUCAAGCCUCAGUGAUUAAUAGGCAACCAUGAGGAUUGUUGAAGGUUUGGGGGCACCAUUAUCUUCUUUUUUUUCCUCAAAAGUUUUAGCUCAUGGGUUUUUUUUUUUUUUUUUUUUCUUUUUGUCUUCAUUGAAAGUUUCUGCCAAGGAGGUUCUUCAAGGUGACUGCUGAAUUGGGACUCUUUGCUUGUUGUGAUCUUGAUAUCAUUCUUGCGGUCCUGGAGAGUCUCAGUUCUGAGGUAUUCUCUCUGCUGUUGUCUCUUUUCAGUUGUUAUUUCACUGUAAUACAGGCCUACAGUAUUUGCACUAAAACAAAAAGCUUGUUAGAGAAAGCUUGCUGCUAUGAAGAAAGAACAUAUUAGAAUGGUUUUGCUUUUACAGUUUUAACUGAGUAGCAUUUUGUAGAAUAAAAUCAAUUUAGACUGAAAAGGAAAAAAUCACUUUUCUCUUUUUCCUCUGCCCCCCUCCUCCUCUUUUCUUUUCCUCCCAUUCCUUGAUGGUGUGAUGUUCCCCCCUUCUCCUUUGGUGCUCAGUUGUAAUGAUUGGCUGUAUUGUUGACUAUGCUGCUGAGAGUUAUGACACUUGUAAAUCUUGUUUUAAUGACAUUGUGGACACUUUUGUAUAGCCAGAGCUAACUGGAGUUCUUUGUUAAUUGAAGUCAUUAAAAAGCUCCCUUUGCCAUGAACAAUUAAAA